ACACAGUGCUCUAGUUAGUGACCUUGACCUGCCGCAAUAUCAAUCUGAAGAAUUCUAUUUGCUCUCUUAAAUAUUUCGGUUACACAUAGUGGAGCAUCAAACUUCAUAGAUUCCAAUAACGAUGGCAAGCAACAUUCUCGCAAAAAAUACCCCAAGAUUCGUAGAAUCUGUAAUGACCGCAUCAGCUGGUGAUUUCAAAUCAAAUGCCAUCUUUGAAAAAAUUGGAGAAGAAAUGGGCAAAAAUGGAGCCGACUAUGUUAAAAAAAUCAAAGGUAUCUUUUGCUUUAAAGUCAAAAAUGCUAAAGGCGAACAGGGUGUAUGGAUUGUUGAUGCCAAGAAUGGAAAUGGUUCUGUCAAAUUUGUUAACGAAGGCAAAGGAGAUGUAACUAUCGCUAUGGGAGAUGAGGACAUGAUAAAGAUGAUGCUUGGACAAUUAAACCCUCAACAAGCUUUCUUCCAAGGAAAGUUAAAAAUCACUGGAAAUAUGGGACUAGCAAUGAAAAUGAAGGAAUUCCAAGCUCAAGCUAAAGCAAAAUUGUAAUUUUUUAAAAAAUUUGAAUGAACAUAUUUCAAUACAUUAUUAUUCCCAAAAACAUA